UUAUACACUUUCACUACUGUAGCGCAUUCCUAGAAUUCCACACUAAAGCUAAAAAUAAAGCACUUUAUUGGCAUUCAAGAAAUCCUUCAUCGUGAUAGCUCUGUUAAUACUGUCUAAAUUAUCAAGUAGAGCAUUUUUUUGAUUAUGUUGGUUUUUAAAAAGUGCUGCUGUUGUGUUCCCCUACGACAGGGUUGCAUUAUCAUGGGUUAUGUCAUGAUUUUUUUGGCCUUUCACGAAAUAUAUUGGAUGAUACUCUACACUGAUACAUUGUAUUGCUCACGCCUCAAAAAGAUCUGGUUUCUGCACAAUCAGUUUAAAAUUUUGGCUGGAGUUCUGCUCUUGGCUUGCGCCCAUAAUCCUCAAACUAUGACCUUUUUGCUGCCACUGCAAAUUGUUGUAAAUCUAACGAGCUUAAUAGUUGAAUUGAUAUUUUAUCUGAUGUUGGCCAGCAACGAUUUGAUCGGGUGGAUUAUUGCGUUUUUUUCCUUUCUUUCAAUUGGUUGGAGUGUGUACGAUGUGCUUGUGGUUUACUCAUUUUUCCAAGAGAUGGAUCACUAGCCUCGAUUAUGCCAUUUGGCCAGCUCAAAGAGACAGAGAGAGAGAGAGAGAGAGACGCUGCUUAUCGCUGCUUUGCUGAAACGGUAGUUGGUUUGGCUCUUCGUCUUUUGCAGUUGGACUUAAUCACAGCAUGUAGCAUUUUGUGCCAUGAUUAAAAGCAAAUUUAUUAGUCAAA